AUGUCUCAUGUCAGGUCCGUUUUGGAGAGGCUGAUAGGGCAUCCCCUGUACUCCAAGGCGGAGAAGUGCCUUUUCUUUCAGCAGGCUGUCUCCUUCCUGGGCUAUCGGAUAUCCACCGCGAGAGUGGAGAUGGAAGAGCAGAGGGUCAAUGCAGUACGGUCGUGGCCUGUUCCAUCCAACAUCAAGGCGGUGCAGCGCUUCCUUGGUUUUGCCAACUAUUUCAGGCGCUUCAUUAGGGGUUUCAGCAGAGUGGUGGCCCCUCUCACCUUCCUCCUGAAGGGAGGUCCUCGACAGCUGCGCUGGACUGGGGAGGCCAACGAAGCCUUCUGUGCGCUCAAGGAACGUUUUACUAACGCAUCUGUUCUGGCUCACCCUGACCCGUCUCUGUCUAUCGUGGAGGUGGACGCCUCUGAGGUUGGAGGUGCCUAA